AUGAAAAAUCAUUCUGCAAUAAUAUUCAUCCUACUAGGAUUAACAGAUGACCCACAGCUACAGGGUUUUUUUUCAGUAUUUCUGUUUUUCACCUACAUUUUCACUGUUGCUGGAAAUCUAAUCAUUAUCCUCCUCACUCUGUUAGACUCUAAUCUCAAAACACCCAUGUACUUUUUCCUUUGGAAUUUUUCCAUCUUAGAAAUAAUAUUUACAACUCUCUGUGUUCCUCGAUUCCUGUACAGCCUGACAACUGGGGACAAAAGUGUUACCUAUAAUGCAUGUGCCAUCCAAUUAUUUUUUGUCAUCCUCAUUGGAGCAACAGAAUUUUUUCUUCCAACCACCACGUGCUAUGACCGCUACGUAGCUAUCUGCAAGCCCUUGCACUACACUACCAUCAUGAAUGAAAGGGUAUGCACCAUUCUUGUCCUUUGCUGUUGGCUGAUUGGGUUAAUUGUCAUACUCCCACCACUUAGCCUGGGAGUUCAGCUAGAUUUCUGUAACUCCAAUCUCAUUGACCAUUUUGGUUGUGAUGCAUCUCCUCUUCUGAAGAUUGUAUUCACCAAAUUUGUAGAGCAACUUGUUUUAAUCAUGGCUGUGUUGACCCUCAUAGUCACACUAGUCUGUGUAAUUAUGUCCUACACAUACAUCAUCAAGACUAUUUUAAGACUCCCUUCAGCUCAGCAAAGAAAAAAGGCUUUCUCCACUUGUUCUUCCCACAUCAUUGUAGUUUCCAUCACCUAUGGAGGUUGCAUCUUCAUCUAUAUCAAACCAGCAAAGGAAGGAGUGGCCAGUAACAAGGUGGUGUCAUUGCUCAACACUUCAAUCAUCCCUUUGAUGAACCAUUUCAUUUAUACACUACAGAAUAAGCAAGUCACACAAGCUUUUAAACACUCGAUUAAAAAGAUGGCAUUUCUUUCAAAGGAUUAG